AUGUGUCACAUCUCUUUAUCUCAACCCCGCUUAUUUGGCCCAUCCACUUAUUUACACAAUUUUGUGCUUUCAUUUCCUCUAAUUUCGCCUGAGAGUGUGUCGGUACAAGUGGGUUUAGUGAGACGUAAUCAUCUCCACCACCAGUACCAUAUGCCGGUUGCAGAGUUGCGGAGUUUCAUUCUGCCCUCCCUUUUUUUCCUACCUGCUUGUCAAUUGGCUGCUGCUAAACAUCAAAAUUACUGGCGUGUCUUUCAUUUCAUUCGAGAAGUCGAGUCGAAGGAAUUCGUAGACUGGCUUCACUGGAUAUCGCAGAAGGGUUGCCUUAGUCUUUGUUCUGUUGAAUUGUACGAAGACCCCGACUCACCGUCUUACGACCUCGAUGACUCCAUGAUGAGUGUUCGUCCGUCCUGUGACGGAGCAGAUGAUGCCCAUGUCCUUCCAUAUGCCAGCCACCCACAUUUUGUCUCAUUAUUUGAGACCCUGUGUCCGGCUUAA